AUGGUCGAUAGUGGUGUCCCCCAGGGUUCAGUUCUGGGACCCAUUUUGUUCCUUAUCUACGUGGACGAUGCCGCAAGAGAUUUAGACUGUGAAGUAGCAAUGUUUGCGGAUGACAUUAAGAUAUGGAGUGUAAUUCGCGGUCCUGCCGAUGAAGACAGACUGCAGAUGAACCUGAAUCGGUUGGAGGAGUGGUCAAACAAAUGGCUCCUGCGGUUCAACGUUGCCAAAUGUAGCAUACUUCGCCUAGGCAACACAGCCAGAUCCGCCAGCACAAGAGGCUACUUUCUGGGCGGUGCAGCCCUACAAGAGGUCGAAGCCCAAAAGGACCUCGGUGUGCUUACGACGAGUUCCCUAAAUCCAUCCGCCCACUGUUCGAGGGUGGCAGAAAGCGCAAUGUCCGUACUGUACGCCAUCAAGCGUGCGUUUAUGGACUUUGACGAAGAAGCUUUCUCUAAGACACUCGGAACAUUCGUCCGGCCGCAUUUAGAGUACGGCAUACAAGCUUGGAGGCCGUGGGCUGUUGUGGAUCAAAACUGCCUCGAAAGAGUCCAGAGGAGAGCCACGAAGAUGGUUAGGGUUCAAAGCUCCCUUCCUUAUGCAACCCGCCUAGUAAAUCUGAACCUCUUUCCUUUGAGUUACAGGCAACUUCGCGGAGAUCUUUUGCAAGCCUUCCGCAUUGUAAAGGGGUUGGAUUGCAGUCUGGCCUUCGAGGACUUUUUUGAAUUUGCUACCACGACCAACCUCCGAGGUCACCCGUUAAAACUGCGCACUCAGCAGGCACGGCUGGAUGUGCGGAAGUUCUCCUUCUCGGUUCGGGUGGUCAAACCAUGGAAUGAGCUUCCCGCAGAUGUUGUGAUGUCACCAUCUGUACAAAGUUUUAAGAAGAAUCUGGACAUAUUUAUGUUCCGAAAUGGCCAAGAGCGAUGAGAAGUCGAGCUCACCCCCUGUAACUCCUUCUCAUUUUGUCCCACCAUUAUGGGCGUGUUCUAACUAUUUCAGCCCAGAACAUCUAUCUGUACACCACACAUUUUUUACGUUGCAAAUAGGGUACUCAAAGGCUUACGCCUAUUUCCCUCAAUAAACUGAAAUGAACUGAACUGAAUGGCGCUAUGAUCCAUUUGAGUUUAUUAUUUUGGAAGUUUAUUUGUGUGGGUAAUUCUGUCCUAGGUUGUCGGCACCAUUCCUUUAAGGAUAUUAAGUUAAUGAGGCACCUUACCACGUGAACCCCUGAAAACUCCCUUUUUAAAUCGUCUUCUUCAUAGUACGACUAUGAACAUUCCAUAUUUGCCUGCCAAACGUGACAUAGGGCUGAGUUUAGGAUUCUAUUCUUAGUUCACUUGACAGUCAAGAAAGGUAAAUAUUCUGACAGCUGAAUAAUAUAAUGGGCUCCCGUUGCUUUAAUAACGCCCGACUAAACCAUGCUGUUUAAGGUCGUUGUAGCGAUUAGAAGUUUUGGCGGGUCCUUCGUGCCUGCUUGGACUUCGCCUUUUCGGCUCAGCACCUCUUGACCCUUUCUUUGGGUUUUAAUCUUAGUAUUGCAGGGUAUUCAUCAGAAAAUAAUAAAAAUCUCUGAGGAAAAUCCCCAAUACGAUAUCACAUAAAUGGGAGUAGCCUGCGGAAUUUAAGUAUAUGCAUAUGCGGCUCCCACUCGUAGUCGAUUGGGAGCUUCCACCUUUUCCAAAUAAAAAUGAUGUAUUUUGUUGAUAUGGAUGUCAAGACUGCGGUUAUUCGAGUACAUCAGUACCCAAACUUGACGCAAACCUCCGACUGCAUCAGAUGGCAAUAGUGCUGACCGGUUUCCUUGGCUUUUGUUGUUUGGGGGGCAGGAGAGGUCAGGUGGUAGGCUGGAAGCAAUGCAAUAAACAAGAAGACGCGAACACAGACUUGAAUCCGUAAACGAGGCCGACUUACUCUCGCUCCUCCCGAUCGUUGCGAAUGGUUGUUGUCGCUGAGUUGCCCAUGGUACAUCAUCGUGUCCAUAGAGUAGGGUUUUAACUUAUUAGUUGGAUUCUUAUCACACCCGUUUCUUCCUGAAAGUCCAAGCUCAGGAGAACAAAGCAUGUUUACCUCGUAGGUACUCACUUUUUAGCCUGUAUGGGAGCACACACAAUUGGUCAGUUGUCCUGUUGUGGCUAUAAGGGAGUAGAACGUAGUACGGUACUACGGGUGCAACUGAAGUUAUACUUCUUGAGAGAACGCAGAGCUCCCCGUAUGCGAGGACUUUAUGUUUUGAUUUCCUUCUUAAACUCUAUAUACUGUAUACAGUAACAAUUAAUACACGUCUGGUCCGAAAUUCGAUGCACCGUAUGUGAAAAUGUCAUUGAUACCCACAAAUAAACGAAAACGUACACCACCAGACUUACACGUCGCCAGACAUUCCUAAUACGCAUAAGCUGGCCUGCGUUCAUAUACCACUUAGUAAUAAAUAUUGGAAUUCUUACCGUUUUAAACAUAGCAUGUGGCUUUUUUUGGGAAACUAUCAAAAAGACUGCUAGAUGACCCUCUAUCUGCUGGUCGAAAGUUGUGCAUGCUGUAUUCGAAGAUUAAGGCGUCUCUCAAUAUGUUUUCACUGGUCUUCAGUUCGGUCCCUUGCACUGAGCUUAUAAGCCACCACAACUAACCUUUUAGGCAAUUCAGGGACUUUCUAAAAGGAAAAGAAAAUGAGUCCCGAUGGAAGUAACCUUGCGAAAACAAAGCCUUUUAGUGGCAUUGCUUUCCUAUAUCACCCUUAAAUCCUAGGUGGUAACUGCAUAUGGGAAAAAGCAGCUAACUCCGGCACCUUUCACUUUUUUAGUUCCUAUGGGUUUCUUGGUCAUUGUAUGAGUUCGAGAGGCGGACAGCUAUCGUAAGACAAGUGCUUCGUACUACUGGCAGGGGCUGUCAAUAGUUCAUGGGAUAUUUCCAUUCAGACAGUACAUCUGUGUUGCUUAUAAGUAAUCUAACUAGCGAACGCACACACAGAUUUUUGAAAAGUACUUGGUAUUAUAUAGUUAUCCGAUUAUAAAUGAGUUCUUAACCUGUUCAAAAAUCACUCGUGUCGACGACGCCCCCAGGCGUGGAAGUACAUACUUCUGUGAAAUUAUUCAGGAACUACUAUUUUUAUCCCUCCAAUGUUUUGGGGCGUUUAAAAAAGCGUUUUAAGGACUCGGACUCCUUGAUGUACAAGGUGUUCUGACGAUGUUCUUGGCUCGUGUUUGGCUAACAUGGACAAACCUAGUAUAAGGUAGUCCAUAAGUUCAGUCAUUUUUUCCAUUGUUUUUAUCCCUAAUAAGCACAUAUUGGGGGUCUGAAUUUCAUCGCUUGCUUAAAACUUCCUGGAUAAUGCUGUCCGGGGUCAGUUUCGCUUGCAUUGUGUUAAAUAGGAUCGGCAAAAGUUUAAGAUCAUAACGCGAUAGCGUUUAGUGCCCUUCACUAACUUUAGUGGACGUUUCGACCGUCGAAAGUGACGAUUAAGGUGCGACGGGGAUCUGCCCAACCACAACCCACCUUACUGCCACUCAUCGUGAUGAAAAAUCUCGGAGUGCGUACAGAUAGACGUGGGUUCAGUUGCCGACUAAGCCUAACAGGUUGCCCACACAUGUCACGUGUGUUAGUCCGUAACUUCAUAUAAACGGUCAUCUCCGGUAUCCCAUCGGAGAGAGUUUCCGUAAAGACCACACCAGGAACGACCAUUGGAUCCUUGGUUUUGUUACGAGGAAGACAUAGUUGUUUCUCAGAUUGACAGCCUUCUUAGCCACAGUUUUAACACGCCCUGACAGCAUGAAAGAACUCUUGACUGUUUCUAACGAGAAGAUUGGCCACUGGAUCCCAGCGGGACGGGCCCUUCCCUUGGAGUCAAGCCCACUUUGAAUGAGAUUGGAUGAAUAGGCUGACCCCAUGUCGUCAUCUAUCAUGUGAUGCACGCGGCGUUUGGCCCCAGAAAACCGCCUUAAGCAAUUGUUACCGUCCAAUCCUUCUUCCGUUAUCUGGCAAUCUGUCAUUUAUCGUUAAAACGUUCUGUUCCCACAGGCGUCACUGGUUAAAACUUCCAUAUACUGUUACGCUUAAACGCCUACUUUAACAGGCCUUCAGUUAUACUACUCGCUCGCCAAUAGACUUUAGUUUUAGUUGGAAGAAAAUGCCUCUCCCAGUUUUAAUAUCUUUCUCGGUUUUUCACAUUUCGUUUACUGAAGAAUCUUUUACCAGUAGUAUCCACAGCCCGCACGGAAGUAAUAAAAAGUUAUCGAGCCCAGGCUUCUCUUGCCAAACGCUUGGUUCAGAGUCACUUAGGCUAGGUGUUUUGCUAUGUCCUUAUGCGAUUUCGCCUUGCGAAGAUUCAAGUAUGGACUAAGUAAAUGUUAUUUCUGAAUGAGUUAGGGAUUUUCGGACACGGUUUUAAGUCCGAAAGCAUUGUUAGCCAACAAUCUGAGGAUAUUGUUUCUUUGCUUCAUCAUCAGUGAAUACUCACUCCUUCUGGGUGACGCGAGUUUUGCUUAAGCCAGUCCACCCUUCCCAUGACAGCCACAUUUAUUUGGUUAUUUUUAUGCUUAGGCGUCCGGGAACACAGAUGAAGGAGUCAAAUCCAAGGAAAGUACUGGCUGGAGCGGGGAAAUUGUGCACGCCUACAACCUCUUAACCCGUCUCUUUUGCCUUCAGUUUGUCUUCCUCGUCAUCUCAUUCCUCGUUUUUCUCUUUGCCUGUCAUCUAUUUAUCCCAAACACACAUUUUGAGCACGAAGUGCGGCUGCGACACGAGUAGGAAUUGUCCUUACUUCUUACAUGUCACUAGGCGACCACUGAAACAUCGCCAACUGUUUGCCAAAGCUGACCUGGACUUGAGUCUUAAAGGCGCAUCGGUGAGUCUUCGACUGCUUUCAUUACAUCACUGGGUUCUUCUUGUGAUUGACCAUGUGCUCCUAUGUCACAUGCUAAACUAGUCUACGUGUUACGGACAAAUCCUAUCGUUAGCUCAAACCUAAGUUGUGCUAAAUUAUCCUCACAUAAGUCCACUCAUCUCCCAUACUAAAUGCAGUUUUUACAGUUAUAAUUGUAAAUUGGAGUAUUCUAGAGCUUACCGAUUGAAACUGUUCGUGCUCCGGAUUAAGAUUCGUGGUUUUUGUGCCAACACAUCGUCUCUUUAGUUCCCAGUGAAUAUUCAUUGUGAGCACAGUUUAUUCCUUUGAGCGCACUGAGAUAACUUUUUUAUUGCUAUUUUCUGUUGUUCAUACAGGCCUUUACCGCAGGCCAAGCAUACAGAGUGGAUUUCCACCUUGUGGUUCCAGAAUCGCCUUCGAAUCGUGAUGCGGGUAGGUUGUGCAUCUGAGCCAGACUUUCCUUGUUUGUUGAGUAAUUGGUGUCUACACGUACGAUUGAACUCGACACUUUUCUGUAAAUUGUCUGUGUACUUCUGUUCAUGGCUCUACUUUCUUCACCUUUGGCCCAAUGUCACUUCCACAAGUCUAGCACCCAAAGUCUCGGUCGUCGAUUUUGCCCUGUUUUUUGUCUGUUUUUAUCCAAGAAGUUAUUGCCUUAUGGACAGCUGAGGACCCCAUAAUAAUUAUCUGACCGACUGCAAGUUUUUUAAGUUCAUAGAUCUCUAAGUCCACGCGGCGAACUCCUGCUUACCCGACCUUGGCUGAGGUUAGGUCUUAGGACGGAAGAUGCCUGGAAAUAGAGGACCCGUUAGGCACUAUACAUGUCCAUUCGUUUUCUGUAGUGUCCAGUCAUUUGUUCAAUUAGUUUUAGUUCCUUAACGCUGAUACUCUUACGUCCUCGAUAAGUACGAUGGUCGUCUUGUACCGUUGGUUGUCUCUUUGGUCACCUUUAUGAAGCCUUUAAAUGCGCCUCUUGUCAACCGUGUGUUGGCCGAAUGCUUAUGUGUUACACAAAAGCGACUUGAUUGAGAUUCAUAUGUACUCUCGAGUUUGUGUCAAACUCUUUUAGAACAGUGGUACAUCGACAGGUGAAUACAAUGAUCUACUUGAUAUUUAUAGCUGAAACGCAUUUGGAAUCCCCAAGGAACUUACCGCCAAUUUUUAUACUGAAAGUUUAUGGUAUAUCAGAAGAAUUCAGUCUGUGCUGGACCAUCAAGGGGAUUCCAAAGUGGCUUUUGCCGAUCAGAUUUAGCUGUAGGGCAGAAUUCGGACGUUCAUUCCUACCUUGGGACUUUAAUCGAAGCUCCAUGCAGACGGUCGUAUAAUCAGGAUCAGUGAAUUAUUGUGAAAAUUUACCGGGAAUGACAGGAGAGACCGCGAUGUCAGUGUCUUUGGUAUUUGCCCUGGUCCGCCAAGUGGAGAAGACCUGAGGUUUGAAUUCGGGCGCCUGCCAGAGUCGUUCUUUCCGUUCAAUGUUGCCAGUGUGUUCGUUGAAGUUUUCGGCCACUUAAACUACCGGGGCUACUAGGUAAUGUUAUGUGUGGAUAGGAUUCCACUAAAACACGUUCCUUCUCGUGUUGGGUCGUUGGUUUGUGCAAGUGUUCUUAUGUUUUCUGCUAGCCGCGCUUUCCAGGGUGAUGACAAACUAGGCUCUAAAGCUUUCCAAAUCCAACCGAAGAGACUAUGUCAACAGCCCUUUGUUUUCCACUUGCCGCGUCUUCAUCACCGUAGAUGUGGAGGUCAACAAUGGGCCUUUCCGCAUCUAAGUGGAGAACAUUAGUAGAGGCACUUGCACUUCAAUCUCGAAAUGGCGUUUUAAAGCUGUUGUAAAUCCUCGAAGUAAAGGCUUACUGGCUAAGCGUCCGUGCAUGUUGGGUCUGGCCGCGUUUUUUCGUUGCCAGUGAAGAUGGGUUGUCAUGACAUUUAGGAGCACGUCCUCCCACGCGGGGUUUCUUAGAGGGCGUCUGAUGACCAGUGAGGGGCUAAGCGAAAGACGAUGCCCUGGUAGACCAUCAUUUGUAAGCCCUGCGGAUUCCGUUGACCUCAGUACUUUGCGACAAAAGCGCGUAGAGACAGUUGUACCAAACGAGUUUCAAUGUUAAUCAAUUGGCUUAAUUAGCUGAGCCAGGCACUAUUAACUAUCUUUUCUGUUUAUCGUUAAGUAGUGGCUGGUUUAAGCGCACAUUACCACGUGCGAGUCGAAAAAAACAUGCACGUGAAUUACAGAGUCAACUUUAGAAGUGCGAAUUUAUCAGUGUCAUCAUUCACAAGUUUGACGCCCCCUAAUUAUUUCCACCGGCUUCUGUCCGCAAUGGCUUUUGACUAGUCAUUCCUUGUUACCAUGCGGUCGCCUGCGGCGACGUUAGGUCGGAAUUCCGAAAUGGAAAAGAAUCAUUUGUAUUCCAUCCCGUGGUUAGUGAACGCCAAUUUGAAUGUUCAUGAUCGCAGCCGACAGCACGCAUGCUCGUGGCCACAACUGUUCCUCUGCCUGGGGUUGGGUUAUGAGUAGACGACGAUCAAAAAUAAGCCAGACACGGCCUACCCUGUUUUUGCCUAGAGACCAUUCAGAGUUUCCCGAUUCCCUAACAGCUGUGUCGGAUCUUUUCCAGUACGCAUUUUUUCGUCUACAAGUGUUGCUGCAUUAUUUUUAUCUCCCUUUCCUUUGCAGGCAUGUCAUUCGUCGACUUGAUUUUUUUCAGUGAAAACGGCACUGCGACUGCCAGACUUUCAAAUUCAGUGAGUCGGACCGUGGCUUGUUUGUUUCUGUUGCUGCUUUGAUUUCAUCCUCUUCACAAAUCGUGGGAUGCGUUAGCUGUGCAAAUACGGGCGAUGGGAUAAGAUGGAGGUGGGAAGAUUGUCAUUAGCCUAUGUAUAUUUGGCUGACCCAACAAGGGCUCUGAGACUUGACUAUUCGGCUAGCAGCAGAGGCAUAAGGUCAGCUUGCUAGCUGAUUUAUUACUGAUGACUUAGUUAAAUUGAUACAAAGAUCUGAUUUUCCCUCAGUAUCCGUCGGCUUCCGCAGCAUGCACUGUACCUCGCUGGACCUUUUAUAUUGCCUGAUAUUGCACACUUGAAUUUCGAAGGUUCCGAGCUUUUAUAUCAGAUUCAUUGACUUCAGCUACACCUAGGAUGCCGAACUUCUGUCCUCCAAUCAAAGUAUACCACAGGAGGCGAUAAUCUCACUGUGAACAGACCUUUUAGAUCUGCUGACCUCAGUCAGUUUCACAAAUAUCGAUUUUAGGGUUGCAAGAUAUCAUGCUAGCAGCACAGGUACUUGCUAAAAGCCCAGGCACACCUGUUUCGCCGACAUUCUGCCGCUGCGUGGCACAGCUGCGAGGGGUUCUGCUCUUCAGUGGGUCCCCCAACAUUCCCCGUCUGCUUUCUGGUAGAUAAUCCAGUUUACAAAUUGUUGCGUCUUAAUUUCCACAGAAAUUAACUACGAACUUGAAGUAGAUCAGUAGGACAACGUGCCCGUGGCUCAAUGAUAGAGUGUCAAACUCCAUGACCAAAGAUCCCGGGUUCGAAUCUCAAGUGAUCCACACUUGGGGUUGGGUAUGACUGGCUGAUGACGGCUAAUAAGCCAGAAAUGGCCAUUCCGGUCUCCCUUGUCUUUGUCGGCACCAUCUAAUCUAUGUCUACUACUAGUUGCUGUGCGACUGCCUGCGAGGGUUCUAGUAUGAGCCCCAAGACACAACGGAACGAGCAUGUUCCGUAACCUGAUCGGCGGGCGCCCACUGUCAUAAUUGAUAUUCCCGAUCACAACCGACAGGACAACGGGCCCGUGGCCCAGUGGUAGAGUUUCAAACUCCAUGACCAAAGAUCCCGGGUUCGAAUCUCAAGAUCAGUAUGCACUAAGGUCUAUAGGCUGCUAGUAUGGUAUCUUGUAUUCCUAAAAUAUACCACUAGCAGCUUAUCGGCAGUUAAUGAAUAUUACGCGGUUAUCCCGCCGUGGCUGAUGGACUUCAGCCCAAAUAUUCCUUCAUCAAAUUUCUGUCUGCGCCUACAGACCUUAGUUUAUACUGAUCCACUCCAAGUUCGCAGUUAAUUUCUGGGCCAAUUAAAAAGCAACAAAUAUUAAUUCGUUGUUGAUUUACUAGGGUAGCCUUUCCCUGCAUCUCGGUAAUCCGCAAGAAAUCGGAGGAAUUAGUUACUUCAACGACCUUGACAAUGCUCGUUUUUCGUGCACACAGCAACUAAGAAAUUGCCUCCGGUAAACGCAGCCUGUCAGGUUUCGGCUGACAUUCAGAAAAGCAUAGAAAAUCGUCGAGAUAUUAUCAAUGUACUCAAAUUUCGGGUGUUCAAUGCCCUCUUGUGGGCUGUGUUUCUGCUCGUGUGUCGAUAUGCAAUGAAGACUAGAGAACGGGGACAUUGCUUAUCUACGAGCCCUGAUGACGCUAACUCAGAAGCACUCCACUCAUUUAACACCCAUAUACUCCCGAAGAACAAGGUUCUUUGCCUCCACGAAAAAUAUCGCGGGUUAUUGGAGCACCACAGUUGAGGUGGCAGUCGAAUGAUUUCAUUGGCACCUCUAGAUCGGUAGCCGCAUCGCCAGCCGACACGAUAUUGAUGCGGCCAACCGGCAAGAUAGUUGACUGUCAUCCGUCAGUAUCUUGAAAAUAUUUUGCGCUCCAUGGCCAACAAGAACUGAACUAAUCGUUUAAUGUUAAAUUGGGAUUGGCGAGAGAGAGAGAGAGGUUGGUAACAGUCGUGGACACAACACGUGCAGCUAGUGAGCGACAGCCCUUUUCUCCUACAUCUACAGCUGUUGGUUCAACGGAUGAAAGGGCACCUGUCAGAAGGGUUGUUUGUUUGAAACGCCUAGCCCAGCAGUUACUAUUGUGGUCGCAGAAGUUGACUUGACCUUUUCUGUCUUCAGCUACUAGGAAACACAAGUUUUUUUUCGGGCGACAUACUAUGUGGAGCGCAUGUGAAAAUCGUCUCGAGUACAAAUGCGCAACGAUCGCGUUACGGCAAUCACUCCCUCCGUUGUGUCCUGGGGCUCUUUCUCGAGUCCCGCCAUCAGCCACGCAACGAAGCGUAAUGUAAGCAGAAUCGCAUUACUGACGAGGACGAAAGAGACUGGGAUGACCGUCUCUAACUUGUCAGCCGUCACCAGCCAGCCGUACACAAUCCCGAGGCUCUAACUCGCGACCUGUUGGCUAGAAGUCCAGCACUCUAACCACACCCCGGGGUCGGGUAUGGCUGGCUGAUGACGGCUGACAAGUCAGAGAUAGUCAUCCCAGUCUUCCUCGUCCUCGUCGGUAGUGCCAUUCCACCUACUAACCAACCGAAACCCGCCAACUCCUAAGUUCGCGAGUCGCUGCCGCAUCUCCAGCAUUCCGAGCUGAUUUUGCGGUUCGAUACCACUAGGCUUACUUUUAAGUGGAACCAACUUUUUGCCGUUUAAUGGACAGUGGAAUGCCCGUCACAUUUGCUUCAUUGACGCCAGGUCUGAGGUGUGAACUGCCAGCUCUUCGGCUUCUGGCCCAAGAGGAGGAGUCGGCGACUGGGGCUCAUUGUCGUUGACCGCCCUUUCCCCAGACUCUUCGCCACUGUUUGACUAGGAACACUGAUUGGUUGUUCACGGUCUAAAUGAGCACAGGACUGGGUCCAGUUGCCGGUCCCUCCAUCUGUCAACUCUGAUGAUGGUGAGAAAGGUGGCAAUAUAUGCGGAUACCGACUUCACAAAGAAACAAACGCAAGCAGUGCUGCGGUCCCGAUGGACUCGAUGCACAAGUCCGUCACGUCUAGAGAGCCUCUAGGGCCUUCUGCUCCUCGGUUUUCCGACCUACUUCCGAUUCAAUUGAAAGUCAGACUCGGCGAUGAUAUCUCGCCCCUGUCAUUCCGUCUGGCUCAAACUCGUGGGCUCGUCCAGCUCAAUCUUCACCGACAGUGCCAUACCACGUACUUCCAUCCGCAAGUCACACCUGGUUCUUAGCCAUUCCCCAGCCGACCUAUCCCCUAAAAUCGUUAUAGCCUCACGACUAAUAAACCGAUGGAGCACAGUGGCUGUUGCACUUUAACGCGUCCAGCACCGGGGGCUGGCAUGAGGUCCGUUUUGAUCUUGACCUCUGCCUCAGACGCUCCUUCGUUUUUGCGCAUUUCUCAUGGCCGUUCGUCUGCCUUACCUUCCUUUACUUGUAUUUUAGUUUCUACCGGAUCACCAACCAUCAAUAAUUGACUUAAUGGACACCCUCAUGUUCUCCCCCUUCUACCUAUUUCGUGUUUGGCGGAAAGAGCAGAAAUUGGUCAUCAGACUGCAUGAGGCCUUUGUAGACAAUUGGGUAAGUGGGCCUUCCUUCCACCCAUCCUCAUACUCUUCUGAUAUUUAAUUUAACGCCUUGUCAUUUGUUGUUUUAGGACCUACCUUCAAUGCGGGCCGAGGUGCAUCUCACGGCUGACCACCUCCACUGGUACUCCUCGCGGCUGGUUGUCCAUGCCGUCUUCAAUCCGCUGACUAAAAUCCUAAACAGUCAUACCUGGGUGUUUUGCUUAGUCUUCAUGCUGGCGGAGAUGCUCCUCUUCAACCUCCUCCUCUUCUGCUUCCUCGUGAUUCGCUAUCAUAAAACUGUGUUUGUCGCCUGCGUUGCCUUUCUUUCCAAGCUUGUGCCCGGUGGCACUGGUCCAGGUCCGCACAGAGCCAGUGUCUCCACGCAGACAACAGAAACUGAAAAGGAGGACCAAGAAGACCACGACGAAUUGCCCGAGAGCGUCGGUGAGCCUCAUGCGGCCCUAACUCUAUCGACAACCCCUGCGACACAGCGAGCAGACGAUGAUGAUUCUCCGGUUCUAAUCUUGGGAACCGACUCCUCCUCCGAUUCCUUUUAA